AUUGUCUGGUCUUGUCUUUCUGAAAUGGUGUUGGUGUUGGCCUGACGUCACCUGUUCCACGGUGGCUGAUAGCGUUAAGUCGGAAUUAUUUUUUUUACAAAUAAUAAUAUGAAUUUUGUGUUAAAAAUACAAUGUGAACUUCCCUAGUGUUGUUACUUUUGAGGUGUAAAGAACAAUUUUUCUUUGUUCGUCGUUAAUUCAGAAUUUUUAGUGUCAAUAUGUCACAUUUUCUGAUGGGCGAUAUAUUCGAUACAAAUUCGAACAGUGAAGAGGAUAUGGAUAAUUCUUCUUUGAAUGACAUAAAUUUAUCAUUUAACUACGAAAAUGGAGAUCUCAUGAGCUCGGAGUUCUUCGAUAAUGUUAAUUUAAUGGAACGUGAAAAUGCCCAAGAUGGUCUCUUCAAUCUUGAAAGCGAUUUUUGUUUUCUAAGUGAUAACAGUUCUCAUGCUGAUGAGGUGAAAUCAGAAAAGAGUACUUCUUCAGACAGUGGAAAGUCAAGCACCUGUUAUGAUCAAGACAUUUUUCAAAACAAUCUCAAUAACAUUCUCUUAAAUGAUGACAAUAUUUUAAUGUCAGAAUGUAAGCCCACAUUUGAAGAUGAAUCCGAAACUUUUCCUGUGAUUAAAAAUAGCCAAAUUAAAAUUAUUGGACAAAACCCUGGUACCAAAAGAGUUAUUGUUACAAACCCCUACAAUACAAUAGGUAAAAAAUUACUUGUGUACAUUGUAAUAUAUAAUCCUAACUAUUCUAAAAUUACAUUUAGUGAUAUCUAACAAUUUAACUAGAAC